AGUAGUAGUCGUCGUGAUAUGCGCUCGGUAACUUGUGGAAGGAAAUACAGUAAAAGAUCAUAUGCUAAGAAAAGCAACGCCUACCCACUUUUAAGAGACCCUGAAGAUGAUAAUCUUUGUUUGAAAAUGGAGAACAGAAAUGUUUCUGAUUGUGAAUAUUUACACCAAAAUAGUAAUGGCGAAACCACAGUACAAUCUCCUAACAAUUUGGAAGGCAUCCUAGAGACGCAUGAUAUGGGGUCGACACUGGCCUCUCAAUCUAAUGCUGCUUUGAGAGAACCAACAAAAGUGAAAAAUGGUGGGAUAUUCAAGUACCUUGGAGGUCCUGCGGUUGGAGAUGCUGAAAGCAAUCUUUCAGAAGCCCUAUGCUGUUAUGAAGAAGCUAGAAAGGCAUUAGGUGGUCUUCCAUCUAAUUCAGCAGAAUUACAAUCUAUAAUGAAAAAGAAAGGGUGGGUAUGCAAUGAACUGGGUCGAAAUAGGCUUGGGAGGAAAGAACUAAACAAAGCUGAAUUUGCUUUUGCUGAUGCUAUAAAAGCAUUCAGGGAAGUCUCUGAUCAUACCAAUAUCAUAUUAAUAAACUGUAACUUGGGCCAUGGAAGACGGGCAUUGGCAGAAGAGAUGGUAUCAAAGAUUGAUAGUCUCAAGACGCAUGCAAUCUUUCGAACUGCAUACAACCAUGCAUUAGAGACUGCAAAAUUAAAAUAUAGUGAAUCACUUAAAUAUUAUGGGGCAGCAAAAGUGGAACUCAAUGCGUUUGUUGAAGAGGCUGCUGGCCCUGAAUUAAACAAUUUGAGGACUGAGGUAUAUACACAAUUUGCUCAUACGUAUCUGAGGCUCGGAAUGCUCUUGGCAAGAGAAGAUAUAUCUGUGGAAGUUUAUGAAGCUGGAGUCUUGGGAGAUGUGCAUGUUGAUUCCACUAGUCCUAGUGGCAGAAAAUCAAGAAAAGAAUCACGUAAGCAUGAGAUUUCAGCCAAUGCUGCCAUUAGGGAGGCACUGUCUCUUUAUGAAUCAUUAGGCGAAUUACGGAAACAGGAGGCUGCAUAUGCCUAUUUUCAGCUGGCUUGCUACCAAAGGGAUUGUUGCUUGAAGUUCUUAGAGCCAGACCAUAAGAAAAGCAGCUUAUCUAAAGGUGAAAGCACUAUUGUCCAACGGGUCAAGCAGUACGCAGCCUUGGCAGAGAGGAACUUGCAAAAGGCCAUGGAUUUCUAUGGCCCCAAGACGCAUCCUACCAUGUACCUGACUAUUCUUAUAGAAAGAUCAGCUCUUUCACUGAGCCUUUCAAGCCCUUUACACUCAAAUGCUAUGUUGGAAUCAGCUCUGUCUUACAUGCUUGAAGGACGGUAUGUGUCAGAAACAGAUUUGGACUCUUCGAAAACUGAUCAUUCUGAGGUACUUGCCAAGUUUUGGAGUCAGUUGCAGAUGCUUUUGAAGAAGAUGUUGGCUGUGGCACUUGCUGCACGUGUGAACAAAUCUCCUGUUUCUCAGCCGCCUUCAAUAUCCAACAGGUGUGGAGAUGCUGAAAAGCUGAGGGAGCUUUACAAAAUCUCUCUCAAGUCCACCAAGUUAAGUCAAUUGGAUGAUAUGCACUCCUUGUGGACAUCAUAAUCUGGGAACUUGUCUGUGCACGACAGCCUUAUCGUAAUUAUGUGGCGAUAACAGGUGGAGAGAGAGCUUGGGUUUGUAAUAUAUUGUAAUAUGCUCUGCAUAAUAUUGUCUAUAGAAAGAAUUGUAAAAAGAAAAAUCCGAACAAAUAUUUGGUAAAUAUGAGCUUUUUGAAUUCUGGUAAUACUAGUAAUAGUAUUUCUUGGAGUAUUUUGUCAUA